AUGACACUGGACGUCAUUUUGCCCUACCUCGUUCAUCUCUUCAAGGCUUGUGUCAACCUCAACCACCACCCCGAAUGCUUCAAGGAGUCCUACACUGUGGUCUUGAAGAAGGAAGGAAAGGACAACUACACCUUACCGAAGAGUUAUCGGCCUAUCGCCCUCCUUUCUUGUGUGGGUAAGGCUCUGGAGCGAUUGGUUGCGGACGAUCUUCAACGCCUCGCACUCAAAUACGGCCUCAUUCCUCCCACGCAGUAUGGGUUUGCUGGGAAGAGUUGUACCAAGGCACUAGAGCUGAUCGUCAACACCGUCCUCAAUGGCUGGUGCGCGACUACAACGGACAAGAAUUGGCGGACUACUCUCUUAGGUCUCGACAUUUCAGGUGCCUUCAACCACGUCAACCGUCAGGAAUUGAUCAAGGUUUUCGCCGAAAAGGGCAUACCGCUGUGGGCUUUGCGAUUUGUGUGGUCAUUCUUGUCGGACCAAUGCACUUGUGUCAAGCUUCCAGGACACACCUCGGCAAAGUUUUGGGUCAAUGUUGGGAUUCCCCAGGGAAGCCCCCUCUCGCCCAUCCUUUUUGCGUUAUUUGCCGCUCCCAUCCUGGAUAUCCUGCAGCGCCAGAAUCUGGGCCGGAGCCAAAUCCUUCUUGGCCUUUCUUACGUCGACGACACCUACAUCAUGGUGUGCACCGAUGACUGGGAAAAGAACUGUCGCAUUUUGGAGGAGUGUCACCAGAAGAUUGUGGACUGGGCUACUCCUCGUGGUCUCCGCUUCGAUCCUGCGAAGUACAACGUCAUGCACUUUCGCAAGCCCCACGGCGAUUUGAACGCAGCGUCUGCGCCCCAGAAUAUCCCCAACCUACCAUUUCUGACGGAGGAAAACCUGGUGAAAGAGACGGACGAAGGUGGCCUUCGUAUUCUUGGCGUUCAGGUCGACCAUCAGUUGACUUGGAAAUGGCAAAUCGACCAGAUUGAGGAGAAGGUCCGCAAGAAGCUGAACCAGCUGAAGCGCAUGUCGACAUCUGUCUCGGGGCCGAAUAUCCUUCACAUGAGGCAGCUGUACCUCUCUACCAUCCGUCCCAUCAUCUCCUAUGCCUGCCCUGCCUGGUUCAUGCUUGGCAACGACUCCUCCACGACCUACAAUCUUCGACAACCCUACAUCCAUCGCCUGGACAAUCUUCAGAACGAAUGCUUGGUCACUGUCGCCGGUGCCUACAAGAAGGCGCCCACCGUCCCGCUCCACAAGGAGCUUCACGUUGACCCAAUCGCCGUCUACUUGCAGCGAGUCGCCAUGUCACACCGCGCCCGCAAUAUUUUCACCGAUGACUACGACCUCAUCAACACCACUUCGUUCCCAUUCAAGAGAGAAAUGACCUUCUUGAAGUCCCAUCCAUACAAGAUCGAUUACGACCACGCCCGGGAACUCGUCGAGGAGGCGGAGCAGCAGCUUCGGGGGUCGAAGCCUGGCCUCGCCGACGCCACUCUGAUUGACAUGGAUCCUCGCAAGAGGAGUCAAGUCAUCAACCGGUACAUCCGCGCGCAAGCGACGCUCCUCAGUGAGCAUCUUUGGAAGGCAUAUCGCGACCGUCCACGACCGUCUCGCACGGUCGCCUACGGCCUCAGUGGCCGCCCUGUUGCCGCUGAGGGAAAAUGGGGCGCUUUCAACCUCAAGCGGUACAAGGGCCUGUCUCGGGCGCAGUCCUCCAUUCUGAUCCAGUGCAGGACUGGCUACAUUGGCCUCAAUGCCUUCCUGCACCCGAAGAACUCGGCUUCAAUAGUCGGGGAGGAUCACGGCGAUCGCCGCGAUUACCUCAUUUUUGUAUUCUUCGAAUUUAUCCAGCUCGUCGAGCUCAUCCUGAACCUCUUCCAUCUUCUCGUUGCGUCUGAGCUUCCUGUGGAGAUUCUUCCACUCCUGUUUGUGGGCAUCGAUGCUUUUAACGUCGCCAGAUUUGGAGAGGAGGCAUGCGGCGAUUCGGCAGAUAAAUAUUUGGUGGUGAUAUUUAUCCCUAGACUUAUCUAG